UGGUAUGAACGGUGAUUAUGAAAUUAACGGCGAUCCCAAUGCACUAUUGCCACGGUACACGAAAGAGGGUAAUGCAGAAUACAACAUGUAUUUUGUUCAGACUUCCACAACGCAAGGCAGAUGGGCAAUCGCUACUGCGUUUCAUUCGACUGUUUAUCGUGCUCGUUCGAAUAUUGUCACUCAUGAGUCUAAUCAAAUUAAUCCAUCUGGAACCAGCUGGGAAUAUGGCGAAGAUUCUAGAGAGGUCACGCAGACAAAUUCAAAGUGGGUUUGUCUCGAUGCGAGUUCAGCUACAGGUGUCGGCAAACCCCAACAAAUCGCGAUUGGUGCAGCAUUGGUAGUAGCGAUAUUCAUGCUGACAUGCUGAUAGUUCUGUUGUUGUACAAAGAACAACGCAGAGGAAUGGAAAUAAAUUGACACGAUGAGUAUGAUUAAUAUUAGAGACACAAUCAGGAAGUAAAGGGUGGAUCACAAAAGGAAACCAAAUCAAAUGGUAAUAACAGUCACCCGGCAUGGGCUUAAGAUCAUGUUUAGCGUUAUAAAAACGUGUUCAAUGUUGUUUCACUCUCC